CCGAGAAAUGGAAAAUAAUGCUCAUACGAAUGCAAAAGCAGAAGAAAAGCGACAGUCUAGAAGAGACAAAAAGCCUGAAAUUUCAGAGGAUAACAAUUGUUCAGCCUCAGAAAGCUUAUCAGUCGAGGAAUUAGUCCAAGAGAUUGCAUCCAAAUUCAAUUCAUUACAUAAUUCUCAGCAUGUCACGCCUGAUUAUUGCAUAUUCAGAAUUCCUGGUAAAAUUUCCGAAGAAAAUUCGGCUCCCUAUCGUUACCGUUACGCCUUUAUCGGCCCUCUCGUCUACUCCUCCUAUCUUUCAGCCCACCGUGAAGAAGAAAAACAGAGAUACCUGGCUGCCUUUCUCCUCCGUGCUCAACCCAACACUAGCUUGAUCGAUUUUAUCACAUUGAUUAAAGGGUCUUUAGCAAAGAUCCGAGGGUGUUACGAAAAUUUGUAUUACAGGAAUUGGGAUGAUUCAUUUAAAAGACCACGGCAAUACAAACGAGCCUGUACUGAAUCAGAUCCCUUGUUGCUCAUCAGAACGAUUUUAGUCGACGCUGGUUUCAUCCUUGAACUCUUGUUGAGAGCUUCUUGUAAGGAACGGAGAGUUGAAAAUGAUCUCAUCUUCGCCAAGUCGGGGACGAUCCAUGAUCUUUGCUUGAACAGCACCUUCCUUUUUUUCUUCUUAGGGACAUGUAUGAACUUGCCUUCGCCGGAAAUCCCGAUUACCAUUCCUUUCUUCAUCUUACUUGUCACUUCUUUAGCCAUUAUUACAACCAAAGCAUACCCAUUGAUGGUGUUCUAUCACCAAACAAUCCCCAUACUUCCGAAUAUAGAUCCAAGCUGGAGGAUGCUAAGCAUUUCACUGAUUUGAUAAGAACAUUUCAACAACCAUAUCCAUUUCAGAAGCAUCAGCAUCGCGGCAACAAUAAUGAAGAUCAUCAAUCCCACAUUCUAAGAGUGAAAAAACACUUGCAAUUGAUAUCAUCCGAAAAGCCCGAACCCGAAGUAAUCCUAGAGGAAGGAAAGCUACAGCAGCAGCAAGGCGAGUAUUUAUACAGUGCAGUCCUACUACGUGAAGCAGGAGUCAAAUUCAAAGUGAGCUUAAGCACAUGCUUAUUCAAUAUAGAAUUUCACGAAAAGAAUGGAGAAUUGAAGAUCCCCCCUCUUAAAGUUGACGACUCGACGGAAUCGUUUUACGGGAACCUUAUGGUGUGGGAGCAAUGCUACUAUCCGAACGACACUUUCAUAUGUGAUUACAUCUUUCUAAUGGGAUAUCUCAUCAAAUCUGCUGAAGAUGUGGGUAUACUUGUUCGAAGAAGGAUUAUGAUUAACCAGCUUGGCAGCCAUAAAGCAAUAGUGAAAAUGUUCAACAAUCUCUGCAAAUAUAUUGAUGUGGAGAAGAAGAACCGAUAUUCAAGUCUUUUCAUGAAGCUUAAUGCAUACAAUGCUGUUCCUCACCAUAGUUGGCUUGCAAUACUUAAGCACCAAUAUUUUUCAUCUCUUUGGAGAGGGGUUGCUACCGUUGCUGCAAGUAUCUUACUUGUGCUUACUUUGAUUCAAACUAUUAUUGCUAUCCUCUCCCUUUAGUUCCAAAUUACUGUACAUUUAUUUUCUUCUUCAACUUUAUCUCGUGUCCUCUGUUAAAAGUUUUAAUAAGAUGGGAAUUGGGAUUCUCUUUCGUUUAGGCCAA